AUGACUCCAGCUAUAACCCCCAGGAACUGCAAAGGCAAGACUCCUCUGAGGCACGGACCUAGGAAGGCGUCCAACGCAGAGAGAGAUCCAGUUGGAGUGUACUGCCGGAUACGACCGCUGGGAGCAGAAGAUGAGGAAUGUUGUGUCGACAUGAUUAGCAGCUCCACUAUUCAGCUCCAUGCUCCCGACGGUCUGAAAGCCAACCGCAAUGGAGAAUACAAAGAGACACAGUACACCUUCCAAAAAAUAUUUGGUAUUAAUUCCACGCAAAUCGAGCUUUUUGACGUUAUUGCCAAGCCUCUGAUUGAUGACCUCAUCAACGGUAAGAAUGGUCUGCUGUUCACUUACGGUGUUACUGGAAGCGGUAAGACCUUCACCAUGACCGGCGCUCCUGGGGACGGUGGACUCCUCCCUCGCUCUUUAGACAUGCUCUUCAACCGCAUCGGCGCCUUUCAGGCCAAAAGAUUUGUGUUUAAACCAGAUGAGAAAAAUGGGAUGGAGAUUCAGAAUCAAGUUGACGCUCUCCUGGAGAGACAGAAGCGAGACAGUCAGCCGUCAGUGCCCAAGACACCAGCCUCCAGGCAGAGGGCUGACACAGAAUUUGCAGAUAUGAUCAGCGCAGAGGAGGCGUGUCAAUCUGAGAAUGUGGACGAGGACCGCUACAGCGUUUUCGUGUCCUACGUCGAGAUCUACAACAACUACAUCUAUGAUCUCCUGGAAGAUGUUUCGAUUGACCCAAUCAGAUCAAAGUGGCUCGGUGGUGGCACGCCUGUACGAAACAAUGAGUUCAUACCACCUCAAUCCAAGAUUCUCCGUGAAGAUCAGAAUCAUAACAUGUAUGUGGCUGGCUGCACGGAAGUGGAGGUCAAAUCCACAGAAGAGGCGUUUGAAGUCUUUUGGAAGGGGCAAAAGAAAAGGAGGACGGCCAACACUCAACUCAACCGGGAAUCCAGUCGCUCCCACAGUGUGUUCACGGUGAAGUUGGCCCAGGCCCCACUGGAUGCUGAUGGGAACCACAUUUUACAGGACAGAAACCAGGUGAAUGUGAGCCAGCUGUGUCUGGUGGACCUGUCCGGCUGCGAACGCACCAAUAGAACCAGAGCAGAGGGAGCAAGGCUCCGUGAAGCCGGUAAUAUCAAUAAGUCUCUGAUGACACUGCGCACAUGUAUGGAAGUCCUGCGGGAAAACCAAAUGUAUAGAACUAACAAGAUGGUUCCAUACAGAGACUCUAAAGUCACUCAUCUGUUCAAGAACUACUUUGACGGCGAAGGAAAAGUCAGGAUGAUUUUGUGCGUCAACCCAAAGGCCGAUGAUUAUGAAGAAACUAUGCUGGUGAUGCGCUUUGCCGAGAUGACCCAGGAGGUGGAGGUAGCGCGACCGGCCGAUGGUCCGAUCUACGUCCUUCCUGCAGGACGCAGACAAAGACACCAGGCGUCCGGAGAUGAGAUGUCACGUCGGAUUGAAGAACGAGGAGGUCCCGGUAAUUCUGAUGACCCAGAUCUGCUGAAUCGGGUCAUUGGGCUCAUUGAAAGCCUUCCAGCCCUGCCUCCUAGUGAGGUGGUGGACGCAUUCGAUGAUCAGACGCUGCCCCGCCUGGUUGAAGUCCUGGAGAAGAGGCAACACAUUCGUCAGAUGAUAUCCGAGCAGUUCAAAACGAAAGGCAAUACACUGAUGUCCAUGCUUCAGCAGUUUGACACCCACCCCAGUGCAAAGGAGACUUUCCUUCACAGUCAACAAAGCAAACUGAGAAGUCAGAGGACAGAGCUGGAGCGAUUGGAGAAAAAAUCCAAAAUGCUGGAAAAUAAGAUCGACAUCCUGCAAAAGACCACAGACAUGCAUGAGCAGGACAAACGCUCACUGCAGAAUGAUUGGGAGAAGGAGUGUGAGAGAAGAGUGAACGCCAAGCAGAUGGAGAUGCAGAACAAGUUGUGGGUGAAAGAUGAAGAGUUGAAGCAGCUGAAAGCCAAAGUGACUGAGAGCACCAGCAGCGGCGGUGGAAAGAAACCCGCGAGGCCCUCAAGAGAGAGGGACAAGAACAAGAACAUCCCCCAGAAGAGGUCUGCAUCCCCAUCACCGACUCCUGGGUCCAACGAGUCUCAUCUUCAGUUCAUCCGAGUGUCUUGA